AUGAGCAACCAAGCAAGACAUCAUCAUCACCAUCAUCACCACCAUCCCAUUUCCCCACCCGGCUUCGGCCCGCCCGCUUCGCUUGCACGACCCAAACUGACGACAACCGUUUGGGAAGAUGAAGGCACCGUUUGCUACCAAGUAGAUGCCAAAGGCAUUUGUGUGGCGCGACGUGCAGAUAAGGAAAUGAUCAAUGGCACCAAACUGCUCAACGUCGUCGGAAUGUCCCGCGGCAAACGAGACGGUAUCCUCAAGAACGAAAAAGAUCGCGUUGUCAUCAAGGUUGGCGCCAUGCAUCUCAAAGGUGUCUGGAUUACGUUACGACGUGCGAAAUAUCUGGCGACCAAGUUCCGAAUUUGCGACUUGCUCUAUCCGUUGUUUGAGGACGAUCCUAAAAAGUAUGUCUAUGCAACGAGCCCUCCGGGUCAUCCUGCUUCUGCUGCCGCUGCCGCCGCUGCUGCCGCCGCCAUCGCUGCAGGUGUCUCAUCGCCGCCAGCAUCCGUAGCAUCGUCGCGCCGAGCAUCCUCAUUACUUGACAACAGUCCGGAUAGCCUCUCUAGUGGUAUUCGAUCCUCUUCAUUCAAUGACAAUACCAAACGGAGCUCACUUCCGUCCAUGAGUGCAUUGGAUCAAGGUAUGUAUUCAACACACUACAUGUUGUAG